AUGACAGGUAUUAGAAUCUAGUGCAAUUGAUAAGUGCUUUGCACUCAGUAUAGACGUAGCGGUUGGUGACUACAGCGAGUGUACAUUCGCUUGAAAUUUACUUGUAGUAAUUUGAUCUACUACAGGCAAUUGAAAGACAAACUGGAAUUACAGUAUUACCUUUGAGUGCUUCCCUUAAACAGGGUAGAAAUGGACUCAAGCAAAGUUUGGGCUCCAGAUCCUACUGAUGGCUACAGACUUGGGAAGAUUGUUGAUAUUGGGGAAGACACUGUAACAGUAGAAACCUUUAAACCCUCAAAAGAGAUCAUCACUGCUCCUUAUGAUUGUGUGUUUAUGGCAGAAGAUGAUGACGAGAAGGAUGUGGAUGAUAAUUGUGCCCUCAUGUACCUGAAUGAAGCUACACUUCUAAACAAUGUUUACCUAAGAUAUAAAAGAGAUCAAAUUUAUACAUACGUAGCUAACAUUUUGAUUGCUGUAAACCCUUACUUUGAAAUCAAGAACUUGUAUUGUCAGAGCAUUAUAAAGCAAUACCAAGGAAAGUCUCUUGGAGUUUUGCCUCCUCAUGUAUUUGCAAUAGGUGACAAAGCCUUUAGAGACAUGAAGAGAGGUAAACAGAGUCAGUCAAUUAUUGUAAGUGGUGAAUCUGGAGCUGGGAAAACAGAGUCAACAAAAUACAUUCUUCGGUAUCUCUGCGAGUCUUGGGGCAGUCAUGCUGGACCACUUGAACAGAGGAUUCUUGAUGCCAAUCCAAUACUUGAGUCAUUUGGUAAUGCAAAGACAGUAAGAAACAAUAAUAGCAGUAGAUUUGGCAAGUUUAUUGAAAUCCAUUUCAGCAACAAGCAUAUUGUGGUUGGAGGAUACAUAUCUCACUAUUUACUUGAGAAGUCUAGGAUUUGUAGUCAGAACAAAGUGGAGAGAAAUUACCACAUUUUCUAUCAGCUUUGUAGUGGAGCUCCUGAACAACUGCGGCAACAGCUUAAACUUGGAAGUCCGGAUGCUUUUGAGUAUUUAAGGAAAAGCUGUACACAAUAUUUCGCCUCAGCCACCUCGGAGAAGUCCCUUAAUGUAAACAGGAAGUCUAAAGCCCACCAGCAAAAAGGUCCUCUAAAAGAUCCACUUUUGGAUGAUGUGGGAGACUUCCAAGUUCUGGAUAAAGCUCUCAAAAAUAUUGGUUUGAGUGAACAAGAAAAACUAGCAAUUUACACAGUUGUCGCAGCAGUUCUACACAUGGGAAAUGUAACCUUUGAAGAUUCACCUGAUGACACCAGGGGUGGGUGUAAAGUUGCUAGCUCUUCUGAAUCUUCACUUAAAACAGCUGCAUCUCUUAUGGGAUUAGAUCCUGAGGAUCUGAGACAGAGUUUACUAUGUAGAGUCAUGCAACCCAGCAAAGGUGGAGUCAAAGGCACUGUGAUUAUGGUACCUCUAAAGGUACAUGAAGCACAGAAUGGUCGAGAUGCUCUGGCUAAAGCCAUGUACUCAAGGUUAUUUGACUAUAUAGUGAACUGCAUCAACAGAAGUAUACCAUUCAGUUCUUCAUCUUACUACAUUGGUGUUCUUGACAUUGCUGGGUUUGAAUAUUUUCAAAAAAACAGUUUUGAACAGUUUUGUAUCAACUACUGUAAUGAGAAGCUUCAGCAGUUUUUCAACGAAAGAAUUCUGAAAGAUGAGCAAAACUUGUAUGAGAAGGAAGGCUUGGGUGUGAAGAAAAUUGAAUUUGUAGACAAUCAAGAUUGCAUUGAUCUUAUGGAAACCAAAGGGUCUGGUAUUUUUGAUCUUUUGGAUGAGGAGAGCAAGCUACCUAAACCUAGCCACAACCACUUCACUGCAGCUGUACACAGUAAUCAUGGCAAACACUUCAGGUUGGCUGUACCACGGAAGUCCCGGCUCAGAGACCACCGAGAAGUUAGGGAUGAUGAGGGAUUUUUAAUCCGUCAUUUUGCUGGAGCUGUCUGUUAUCAAACGGACAAAUUCUUAGAGAAGAACAAUGAUGCUCUACAUGACUCACUGGAAGCCUUAAUUUUGGAUGCUAAGAACCCAUUGUUGAAGCAGUUAUUUUCUGGUGAUACUCCUGUUAAAACAUCAAAAGGCAAACUGACCUUCAUUAGUGUUAGUAGCAAGUUCCGUUCACAGUUAAUGGAACUGAUGGCCAAACUUCGUAGCACUGGAACUCAUUUUAUUCGUUGCAUUAAGCCUAAUUUGCAGAUGGUAGACCACAAAUUUGAAGGAGGUCAAAUUCUAAGCCAGUUAAGGUGUGCAGGUAUGACAUCUGUUCUGGAUUUGAUGCAGCAAGGGUUUCCGUCAAGAGCCCAGUUUGCUGAACUUUACAACAUGUACAAAAAUUACCUUCCUCCAGAGCUGGCUCGGCUAGAUGCACGUCUUUUCUGUAAGGCUUUAUUCAUGGCUCUUGGAUUAAAUGAAAAUGACUUCAGGUUUGGGAUGACCAAGGUUUUCUUCAGACCUGGAAAAUUUGCUGAGUUUGAUCAGAUCAUGAAGUCUGACCCAGAGAAUCUGGCAUUGCUUAUAAAGAAAGUGAAAAGAUGGCUUCUUGCUUCUCGAUGGAAAAAAACACAGUACUGUGCUCUGUCCGUCAUCAAAUUGAAGAACAAAAUCUUGUUUAGAAGAAAACGCCUGGUUAUUAUACAGAAAAAUGUUCGAAGGUAUCAAGCCAUGAAGAAAUAUCGACCUAGAUACCUUGGCAUCAUGAAGGUGAAGUCUCUGCAAGGCCAACUGAAACAAAUGUCAGAACUAGUCAAUCAGUUAAAAGCAGAGAAACAGCAGUCAGUCACACAAGUAAAUGCACUUGAAACAAAGAUGAAAGAGACCAUUAAAAAACUAAAGACAACAGACAUGAAAGAAGCUGAAAUUCAACAGAACUACACAAGCUUGAUGAUGGCCAUGGAUGACAGUCUAGUAGUGUUGAAGCGUAAGCUAGAAAAACAAAAGAUUGCAGAAGAACAAGAGCGCUUAAGAAAGAUUCAAGAAGAGAUGGAAAAAGAAAAGAAGAGAAAGGAAGAAGAAGAAAGAAAAAAACGUGAGGAAGAAGAGAUACGUAAAAAGAAGGCACAGUUAGAAGCAGAAAGAAUAGCUGAAGAAGAAAGACGCAAGAAACAAGAAGAAGAAGACAGAAAGUUAGCGGCUGCCUUGGAAGCCCAGUUGAAGUUAGAACAAGAAGAGUCAGCAAAAAGAAAAGAACAGUUGGAACAAGAAUGCCGUGAUCACGAGCUGGCAUUACGCUUGGCCCAGGAUAACAAUAGUGUGGUAGAAGAUGUUCCACCAACUCCGACACUUCCAAGAUCUUCCACUGUCAUUAAGAAUAGACAACAACAAGAAAAUAAAAAGUACAAUCUUUCUAAAUGGACAUAUUCCAAGCUUCGGGAUACGAUCAACACAUCUUGUGACUUGGAAUUAUUAGAAGCCUGCCGGGAGGAAUUCCAUCGGCGUCUUAAGGUCUACCAUGCCUGGAAGCGCAAGAAUGUCAAAAAGGGGGAACAUCCACAAAGCAGAGCUCCACAGUCUGUUACAGACACAACUCCACCACCUCUUCCUGAAAGACAACCUAAAAAUCCAGACCAUCGUCAGCGGUACUUUCGCAUGCCAUUCUUGCGAGCAGGUGCUUCAGCAUCAGAGGUGGGAAUGUGGUAUGCUCAUUUUGAUGGUCCGUAUAUUGCUCGUCAAAUGGAAAUACAUCCAGGGAGAUUACCAAUUCUUCUUCUUGCAGGUAAAGAUGACAUGCAAAUGUGUGAACUGACCCUUGAAGAAACGGGCCUUACUCGAAAGAAAGGUGCAGAGAUUCUUGCACAUGUUUUUGAAGAAGAAUGGACCAAAAAUGGUGGAGAGAAAAAAACAUCUUUCCAGGCUCGGAAAAUAAGUUAACUAAACAGAUAGCUCAGGUAGAAAUGAAACUUUAAAUUGUUGUGUGUAACAAAAAAAAAUUAGGUUUAUCCACAAAUUUUGAUUUUUGAUGAGGUGCGACAUACAUUUGUGUUGAAAGCAGAUCUCAGUUAUAAAUAUGAACAUAAUGCGUAUAAAGUAAGAAGCAGCCAGCAGAAGUUUUUAUUGUUUUAAGUAAAUUAAUCAAAAUGUAUGUUGGUAAAUCUUUCCUUUAAACAAAUUUAGUAGCUUUCAGAAUCUGAAAUUUCACCAAAUUUUGUUAGCAUUUAUUAUUUAAUAAAGUUUUCAGACUAUACAAUUUUGAUCAUUUGGAGUUAAAUCUUUUAAUUUUUUUAUAUUUACUUAGGUUGUGGAUAUUUUUUGAUUUGUAGAAGUACAAUACAAUUGUAGGGUCACUGAUUUUGACAAUUUAUUUUAGUUUUACUUAAAGCUAUGCAAAUCAUGUAAUUGUUAUAAAUAUUUUGAGAAAGCUAUGUUUCUCUGUAGUUGUCUUUCGUCUUCACAGAAAGGUUCAAUGGUAAUAAAUAAUAACUAUGAUAAUUGAAA